CACCCAUUCUGUUUGUUGGGAACUAGGCACGCCAUAGUAGAAGAACUAUGCUCUCUCGGUGCGGCGGUUCACACGUGCUCGCGCAAUGAGACGGCGCUGGAGGAAUGCUUGGAAGAAUGGAGAAGGAAGGGCUUGAUGGUGACAGGAUGUGUUUGCGAUGUGUCGUCAAGAGGUCAACGUGAAAAACUAAUGGAGACUGUCUCCUCCGUCUUCUCUGGCAAACUGAAUAUCCUUGUAAAAAAC